AUGUCGGCCAUUACGCAGAAGACGGUGGUUGUGGUGGGCGGCAGCAGAGGAAUCGGCGCGGAGUUCGUCCGCCAGUUCGCUCAAAAGGGCAACAGGGUGAUCGCGGCGUGCCGGCAGCCCUCGCAGGCGAAUGAGGUGCAGGGACUGGAAAACGUGACGCUCACGCAGCUAGAUGUGUCCAGCCCCCAGUCAGUGGAGCAGUGGGCGGGAGAGGUGCAGAAGCUGGCCUCGCACUUCGACUAUGUGAUCAACAAUGCCGGCAUCUACGGGCGCCGGGUGGGGCUGAGCGAUGUGACGUAUGACGACAUGCUGGCCACAUUUGUUACCAACUGUGUGGGGCCGCUGCUGGUCGUGCAGCAGCUACACAAGCGCGGGCUGCUGGGAGGCACGUCGCCGUCGGUGGUGGCCAAUGUGACGAGCAAGGUGGGGUCGGUGGAAGACAACCGCAGCGGUGGCGGCUACGCCUACCGCUCCUCAAAAGCCGCGCUGAACAUUGUGAACAAGUCGCUGAGCAUCGACCUUGCGCCAGACAACGUGGUCUGCACGUUGCUGCACCCGGGGUACGUCCGCACCGACAUGACCGGUGGUGCGGGACUGAUUGAUAAGCAGACCUCGGUGGCGGGCUUGAUUGGCGUCCUGGAGGACGGGGCAGCGGGCACGCGGGAGCUGCAGGGUACCUGGCACGACUACAAGCGCGAGGUUGUGCCUUGGUGA